AAUUCUUGGCAACACUGGCGCACACACACAAACAAAACACACCAAACAGCUGGCGGCGCAGAAGACUCCGUAGCAAAAACACGGGAAGAAGGGACGAAAGAAGAGGGACUUUUAUUUUGAUUUCGUUGGCCAAAUUGAGUAAUGGCCGGACUCCUUCACCUGACCAAAAAGUGCAGCCUCCACCUACCAAUCUACUACGGACGCGUGAAAUGCAACACCGCUGCUAAGGGAGCACACGUGCAGGCGAGAGUGCUAUACUCUUCGCUAGCCAAGAGUGAUGACCAAUCUGCCAGCAACGAUGGCAAACGGAAAAAGAUCACACCCUUUACGCCGACACCGGGAAGCAAGCUGCUGGGCGGAGUGUUCGGCAAAAAAGCCAAAGGUGGAGCACCAGCAACAUCAACGACAGCAACGCUACAGCGGCAGCACCCACAACGACAACAAUUACGACUAUGUCACGUUCAUAUAGGAAGCGGCAGCGGCGAUGGCAGCUCAGGACUGGGGAAGUUGGACGCACCGGAGGUCACCUCCAAGGAUAUGCUACGCGCCAUGAUGGCCUAUAUUUGGCCGAAGGAGGAUCCUCUAGUGCGAAAGCGAGUGGGCAUCUCUUUGGGUCUGCUGGCAGGCUCUAAGCUGCUGACCGUCUGCGUUCCAUUUAUGUUUAAGGGAGCAAUAGACACCAUGACCACCCUGAACAUGGACACCGCACCGGAUGCAGUGCUCUCGGCAGCCACUGCCCUGCUGCUCGGAUAUGGCAUCGCCCGCGCUAGUGCCGCGGGCUUCAAUGAGCUGCGUAAUGCGGUGUUCGCCAAGGUGGCCCACCAUUCAAUCCGUAAGAUUGCCAGCAAUGUGUUCCUGCAUCUCCACAAUCUGGAUCUGGCCUUCCAUCUGAACAAACAGACCGGCGCCUUGUCGAAGACCAUAGACCGAGGCUCUAGGGGCAUCAACUUUGUACUCUCCGCCAUGGUCUUUAACAUCGUGCCUACGAUCUUCGAGCUAGCGCUCGUGUCCAGCAUUUUGGGUGUGAAGUGCGGCCUGGCUUUCGCCGGUGUUAGCAUGGGCUGCGUGGGCAUCUACGCCUUGUAUACGUUGAGUGUGACCCAGUGGAGGACCCAGUUUCGGGUGUACAUGAACCAGGCCGAGAACGAGGCCGGAAACAAGGCGGUGGACUCCCUGAUCAACUACGAGACAGUGAAGUACUUCAAUAAUGAGAAGUACGAGGCAGGCUGCUACAAUGAGGUGCUGAAAAAGUACGAGACGGCCAGCCUUAAAACCAGCUCCAGCUUGGCACUUCUCAAUUUUGGACAAAACGCCAUCUUCAGCAGUGCCCUCAGUCUGAUCAUGGUUCUGGCAGCCAAGGAGAUCGCCCAGGGCAACAUGACGGUGGGCGACUUGGUGAUGGUCAAUGGCCUACUCUUCCAGUUGUCGAUCCCCCUCGGCUUCCUGGGCAGUGUGUAUCGCGAGGUGCGGCAGGCGCUACUGGAUAUGCAAGCCAUGUUCACGUUGAUGAAUGUUGACAGUCGCAUCCAGACUGCGCCCAAUGCCCAACCCCUGUUCGUGGACAACAGCAAUUCGUCUAUUGAGUUCCGCAACGUGAGCUUCGAGUACGAGCCGGGUAAGCCGAUUUUCCGUGACCUCUCGUUCACUAUUCCCGCCGGCAAGAACGUGGCCAUAGUUGGGGGCUCUGGCUCUGGAAAAUCUUCAAUGGUUCGUCUCCUGUUCCGGUUCUUUGAACCGAACUCUGGCAAGGUUCUUAUCGGCGGCCAAGACAUCAGCGCCGUGGACCUGGAGAGUUUGCGCAAAGCUAUCGCUGUGGUGCCACAGGACUCAGUGCUCUUCCACAACACCAUCGAGCACAAUAUCCAUUACGGCAACCUGACAAAAUCGCAUGCCGAUGUGCAAAACGCGGCUCGUAUGGCAGAUCUGCAUGACUCUAUCAUGUCCUGGCCGGCUCAGUACGGUACGCAGGUGGGCGAGCGGGGACUGAAGCUCUCUGGUGGCGAGAAACAGCGCGUGGCUAUAGCCCGAGCUAUUCUCAAGAACACACCCAUCCUGAUCUUUGACGAGGCAACCAGCAGUCUGGACUCCAUUACGGAGCAUAACAUUCUGCAAGCAUUGACCCGUGCUACCUCCGGUCGGACUAGCAUUUGCAUUGCCCACCGCCUGUCCACUGUCAAGGACGCCGAUGAAAUCCUGGUGCUGGAAAACGGACGGGUGGGCGAGCGCGGCACCCAUGCGCAACUGCUGACGCAGAACGGUCUGUAUGCGCGCCUCUGGGAGACGCAGACUCAGCAAUUUGAUCCAAGUAAAGAGUCCAGGGAUGAGACGAUAGCCGGUGCGGCAUAGGCUUGGUCCCAUACCUCCUAUAUGUAUGUUUGUUCCGACGUUAAACCAACCCCAUUCGAUCGUCCCUAAUCUGUCCCCCAACCCUUACUCCCGUAACCCAUUAAGUAUCAUUGUGGCGUUUGUAAAUACAGUUGUAGAUAUGCGAUA